AUGCUAACCUUCGAAAGAACGCUCAAACUGUUAGAAACCGCCGGCGCAACCAUCGUCCGCAACGUCACCGUCACUGGCGCAAAGGGUUGGGAAGCCCUCCCGCAAGAAGCCAAAGACAUCGUUUUGACUACCGAUAUGAAGAUUGCGAUAAACGACUACCUCUCCUCCCUCGCCACAAACCCGCAUAGCGUGCGUAACCUCGAAGAUCUCAUCGCGUUCACAAAAGAACACCCAGCAGAGCAGUACCCGCAACGGAAUGUCGAGGGUCUGGAAAGGGCGCAGGCUUCUGAUCCGAAUAAUCUGCUCUACGAGAACAUGCUGUUGAGAGACGAGUACUACAGGGGUGAAGGCGGUAUCGACGCCGCGUUGUGUAGGAAGUGUUGCGAUGUCAUGCUCGUGCCUACGCUGAGUGUUGUCAUGCAGAGCUUUGCUGCGAAAGCGGGCAGUCCGGUUAUGAGUGUGCCUAUGGGUGUUUUUCCGCGAGAUACGCCCGUGGAGAAGGAUGCGAGGAAUGGGUUGGUUAAUGUGGCGCCUGGUAUACCGUUCUCGGCGUAUAUCUUUGGGCGGGCGACGAAAGAUGAGGAUGUGGUUAGAGUGGGGCAUGUGCUAGAGCGGUUGACGAAUGUUAGGGAGACGCUGGUGCCGUAUGUAGAUGCUGAGGCUGGGCCUGGGGCUGCUGCGGCGCCCUAA